CGGGGGGGGUGUGAUGUAUUUUUUUUUUGUGUAAUACUGUCCUAUUUGGAGAGCUGCAGCUAUUUGGGCAGCAAUUAUAGCCUCAUAUAAACUAUUAAAAUAUACAAAAUAUUAAAUUCCCUUAGACAUCUUUGUUAGUCUGUUAUUGAAGGAGUGCGUGCGUUAAUACACCACGAAUGCUGGUUAUACACUUAACGUUUUAAGGAAAAUAUUUUUUUUUCUUUGAUGUGCUUGGGGAUGCUGUGCAACGCAUGUUAUGUUUUUACUUUGCAGUUUAAACGUACGCAAGGUUCCUGUCUAAGUGCAAAGUGAAAGAUAAGUCAACUUAAGGAAAUAGAAUAGAGUCUAGAUAUUCCGGAAUAAAGGGAAUCCGCACAGGGAAGUGACUGUACUUACAGCUUCUCUCAUCCUCCAGGCUGCAGUUCAUUAGUACUGUAACAAACUGUUUUCCACGCGUGUAAAGUAAAAUCGGAGAUGUAGUUUUAAUAGUUCUGUGGGGAAAUUAUUGUCGUUUGCGUCUAUUCAAUAAGUUCGUGGAUUGCUUCCGCUGCCCCAUAAUUUUACCGUAAACGAAUAUCGUUGAAAUAGCAGGUUAUUCCGUCGCCCGUCUACGCCUGUCAUUUAUAUCCCACCCAUUUAAUAUUACAGUUGUAGUGCUUUGGUCACGUGGCGUGUUGUGACACGUGACCCCUUCAAAGUAAACGUGCAUGUGCUCGCGGCCUUGACGCUGAUAAUCGCUGCAUUGAUUUGACACGUUGGCGCGAAACGCCCAUGUUAUAAAAGAACUACGGGAGCAGCAGUGCGGCUGCGGUUGCUAGUAGAGGGAACGUAUGCUGUCAAGCAGGUUCCCCCUCCCUAAUCAGCAUUUUAAGAAUUUGUUGACUACAAAAUACAUCGAUCAAAAGCUUUUUUUGUAAAAGAAUAUUGACGUUAUUGCGGGGUUUGGGUGAACUGCGACAGUUUGAGGGUUUUUUGAUGUUUACAGAACAGGUUGUUUGUUGGCUCACCUGAUUGCUUGUAAUCUUUUAGGGUAAUUAUAGUAUGAAGUCUGUUGUACAGUCAGUAUAUUUUGUGGAGAAUACACCUUUGCUACUUUCAGUUCUUUCUAAGUGCCUUACAAUUUAUGAAAUAUGUUAUGGCUACAAAUAAGAGAACCAAAACUUCACUGUUGCAUUUAACAUGACAUUUUGAUUAUUCAGCCACUAGGGCAGAAAUUUUGUUUGAUAGUUUGAAAUAUUUAAGGUUUGCACGUGUUGCCUUUUGAGCUGUUUUCUGGUGGAUUUGUUUUUAUAUUCAUUAAUUGUGACCGUGAGCACACUCCCAGAAUAGCCAGCGUAAAUAUGAAAGUCUAGCCUCCACGCCAAGGCAGCCCCAUGCCAUGGCGACCAGCCACAGCUCCCCCCCAGUGCCUCGUCCCAGCGACGGCAGUGACGCCGUCUUCAGGAAGGAGCGGGACUCCGCGUCCCGGCAGUAUAAGCUAGCUCGCUCGCUGCCCGAUGUUUGCCCCAUGGAACCUACCGAGCUCCGGGGGCUGUGCGAGGGUCCUUCGGUGGUGGCGGACCAGCACAGAUGGACCGUCUACAACUCCAAGGUAAACCUCCCAGCGGCACUGAACGACCCGCGCCUGGCCAAACGGGAGUCCGACUUCUUCACCAAGAGCUGGGGCCUGGACUUUGUGGAAACGGAAGUUUUGCCUUCCAUCUACCUCCCCAACAUCACAGAGGAGCACUUCACGGCCUACCUGCAGGAGAUGACGCAGAGAGAGAAAACCCAUGAAAGCUGUAAAAAAAUCUACCCUUCAAAAGAUGAAGUCACGCCGGGCUCCAGCCUCACGACCAAUCACGACAAAUCCAGGGCGGAGUUGGAGCAGGUCCCUAAGAUCUUCAUGAGGCCUGACUUCGCGCUGGACGAUUCUGCAACCUUUAAUGCAGUCCUGCCCUGGACCCACUUCAGCGUAACGGGAGGCAAAGCCAACCGCGACAUCGCAUCCUCGCGGUUACUGCAGGAAAAGCUGAGUCACUACCUGGAUGUAGUGGAGGUCAGCAUUGCCCACCAGAUCUCCCUGCGCUCCGAGGCUUUCUUCCAUGCCAUGUCCUCGCAGCACGAGCUGCAGGACCGACUGUGUGAGACUGCGUGGGCGGUGGCAGUGCUACGGGAGCGCACGGCCGCCAUGGAGCGCGUCAUGGUCGAGGGCCCGCUGCAGGCGCUGCGCCUGGGCCUGGCGCGCAACAACUGCGCCAAGCUGCACAGCAAGCUGAAGCUGAUGGCAGCCGUGCACCAGACGCAGCCCACCGUGCAGCUGCUGCUGUCCACCUCAGAGUUCGUGGGAGCCCUGGAGCUCAUCACCACGACGCAGGAGGUGCUGCAGCAGGAGCUGCAAGGAGUGCACAGCUUCAGGCACCUGGGUUCCCAGCUCUGUGAGAUGGAGAAGCUCAUCGACAAGAUGAUGAUCGCCGACUUCACCACCUACGCCCGGAGUGACCUCGGACGCCCCCUGGAGGAGGACAUCCAGGUCCUAGAGAGGGACAGGCUGCAGUCCCUGGUGUUUGGCCUGCUGCGGCAGAGGAAGCUGGAUUUCCUAGACAUCUACGAUGAGGAGAUGAUUCAAGCUGCCAAGGGCAUCGUGAAGCAGUGCGUCGUCAACAUGGUGUCGCACAUCGAAGAAAUUGACACGGAGGUUGUCGUGAAGCUGGCUGACCAGAUGAGGCUCAUGACCUUCCCUCAGUGGUUCGACCUUCUUAAGAGUGUCUUCUCAAGUUUCAUCCUCUUCCUGAAGAGGAUCAAGGCAACAUUAAGUGUGAUCAGAAAUGUGGUGCUGGAGGUGAUGGAUGGCAACCAGAGGAUCCGGCUGGCAGAGGCAGCGGCGGCGGCGGUGGGGGUGGGUCGGGCAAGCCCCGAGGCCCCCCCAUCCAGGGAUUCAGAGCUAGCCUACCUGACCCACGAGGGCAUGUUCAUCAGCGAUGCCUUCAGUGAGCCAGACCAGCAGCUAGGCGGGGCCACACCAGGCCCAGACUCCGCCUCUGGAACCACAGAGUCGUCGUCCAGCCGUGAGCAAGCCACCCCGCCAUUGGUGCGGGCGUCUGGUGCAGUGGUGAACGAGGACAUGAUGCCGACGGACCUGGAGCUGGGCCGCGUGGCCAAUAACAUACAGGAGCUCCUGUGCACGGCCUCUGAUGCCAGCCACGACCGCUGCGUCAAAUUCCUCAUGGCCCGGGCGAAGGAUGGGUCCUUGGAGCGGCUGAGCUCCUCCGAGUUCGUGUGCCUGUCCCAGGAGGUGGAGAACUUUGUGCGUGAGACGGAGCAGCUGUGCCAGCGCCGCAGCAUGUCCCUGCGGGGGGCGCUGCAGAGCCAGGCGAACCGCUUCGUGCACCGCUUCCAUGAAGAACGCAAGACCAAGCUCAGCCUGCUGCUGGAUAACGAGCGCUGGAAGCAGGCGGAGGUUCCCACAGAAUUCCAGGACCUCGUCGACUCCAUCGCCGACGGCAGGAUCACACUUCCGGAGAAGAAGCCAGCCGGCCCCGAGGAGCGGAAGCCCAGCGAGUACCUGUGUGUGGAUGGACAGAAAUAUGCCGUCGUGGGGACGGUGCUGCUGCUGAUCCGGAUCUUCCUGGAGUACUGCCAGUGCGUGAAUGACAUCCCGUCCAUCACCACCGACAUGCUCACGCGACUCACUGACCUCUUGAAGCACUUCAACUCAAGGACCUGCCAGCUAGUCCUGGGGGCUGGGGCGCUACAGGUCGUGGGACUCAAGACCAUCACUACAAAAAACCUCGCUCUCGCCUCCCGCUGCCUGCAGCUGGUACUGCACUAUAUCCCCAUCAUCAGGGCCCACUUCGAGACCAAGCUGCAGCCCAAGCAGUAUAACAUCCUCAGGCACUUCGACCACAUCACCAAGGACUACAGUGAUCACAUAGCAGAGAUCUUGGCUAAGCUGGUAGCAAUCAUGGAUAGCCUGUUUGAGAAGGCACUGUCUAAGUAUGAAGUGAAGGCCCCCAUGCCUUCUGGGUGCUUCCGGACCCUGUGUAAGCAGCUGGGCAAGAUGCAUGAAGCGAUCUCUGACCUGUUACCUGAGGAACAGACGCAGAUGUUGUUCCUGAGGAUCAACGCGAGCUUUAAACUGCAUCUGAAGAGGCAGCUGGCCCGCCUGAACGUCAGCAACGAUGGAGGCCCCCAGCACGGGCUAGUCAUGGUGGAUAUCGCCUUUUAUACCGGUAAUGUCCAAGCACUGAAGUCACUUGAAAAGCUCGACUUGAACUUGGCAGAGAUUUGGGAGCAGAAGAGGUGAUGGAGGCGGCAGAGGUCUCGCCCUGCUGGGGGGGAGGCAGCUAGGGGGGGGUGGAGCACUCCAUGACUCAGGGCUCACUCUCACCAUGUCCAAAUGACGUGCACCAUGCCCCCCCCCACCCCCAGCCUGGGACACUGGGCCGUGUGAGCAUCUGCCUGACUUGUUGGAGCAGCGAGGGUGCUGCGGAUUCUGACCUCGACUGCAGUUGCUCAAGUGGACCAAACCUGAACACACUUCUUUGGGGGGGGGGACGUGCCUAUUCAGGCCACUAUUACUGUAUCUCAAUGUGCAAUUGGUCUGAGAUGAGCAGUAGAUGUGACAGGGGGAACGGCCUGAUCAUGGUUCAGUCACAGGUGAAGGCUUGUGGCCAGCGAUUGACCAUACUGGUGGCUGUAGCAUUUCGCUUUGUUCCAUUUAAACCCAAAACGACAAAGUGGGAAAAACGAGUGCCGCUUCGUGGUGUCGAACUGGACAUAAAUGUAAAAAGGUUUAAAUCUUAUGAUAUAUUUGUAUGAAUCCUGGGGUUUGAGUAUUUGUGAAAACUCUUGGUCUCUCAUCUUCUGGUUUGGCAGAAGGAAUUUCUUUUGCAGAAUCUGCUUCUUUAGUUUACAUUUUGAAUUCUGGUUUUAACUCUGGUUUUAAAGUUCUCUCCUUUGGAAUCGCACAUUUUACCAGUAUUCCACAAUGUAAAGGGAAAAGUGUGAAUGGAAGUAACUGCAUUGUUAUGCCUUCCUUUUGAGGGUCUUCCCUUAAACGCCUGCUGUAUGUCAGGUUUUAGCUAUGUGUGAGCAUUUCUAACUGGUCCCAGUGCCCGGAAAACCUGGGCGUUAUUGCGUUCACACAGGGUCGUUUUUGUGGAUGACUGAAAGCCCCUUUGUACCUCAGACCAUGUGCUGGUUUGGUCUGAUUUCCCUGAAGAUGUAGAAUACUAGUAUUACUACAGUCAUGGACUUCAAAGUGGAGUAAAAUUGCAUAAGAUGGGGGGGGGUGGGGGAGGAAUGUGGUCACAUUUAAUGGGUGAGACACAGAUGGGGACCCUGACUGCUAUUGGGACUGCGGGGUCUUCGGAGUAGCUGGUGGAGGUUGACUGUCCUCAUUGUGAUAAGGUUCAAGCUAGGAACUGUGGUUCUCUGUGUGCUAGACCAAAAUAAGCAGUAGGUCUCCCUCAAAACUUGAAUCGAGAUCUUUUUCCUGCUGAAGUGAACCCUGCUCUUUGUACGCAUGUAUGCAUACCCUGGCACGGUGUAAGGAAAACUGUCUAAAUAAGAAACUCUGCUUUAAGGGUACUCUCUCACCACCUUCAAAGGGGACUGUUUUGUAUCAAACAUGCAGUACUGAUUACCAGUGCUGUACGAUUCACUGCUAGCUCAGAAGUGCCUACUUUUGAUAAAUAUCGGAUAAAUAUCUCUUCUGACAGUGCAUAUUCCGUCUCGAGUGCCUAACAGGCUUCCUCCCAAGGGAACUGGGCCUUCCUGGCCCAGCAAAGACAAACCAACUAAUCAGACUGCAUGCCUGAGAGUUUUAAGCCUCCUGAAACCCAAACCAUCUAUCUCAAUAAAAUUGGUCAUGAAAGUGAAA